AUGACUAGCAAAACUUUAUCAAGUACAAAGAACUCCCCAUUAUUAAAUCAAAUUGAUGAAGGAAUAAAUUUCGAUAGCAACGAUUGGAAUAAAAAUACUUUCCACACAUUAACUACAUCAAAUUUAUCACCAAAAACAAUAUUUUAUUAUGCAAUUGACGUAGGUUUUCGACGAUUAGAAAAUAGUUUAUACGAAUCUUAUUGGGAUGAAACAGCCGAUGCAUUACACGAUUUAACUCAAUUUUUAUUCAGUCAAUCCAGUGAUAACGACACCGAUGGUUAUUUAUAUGAAGCUAAAUGUCAAUUAUUAAUGUAUUCAGCAAUCGCAAUAAUUAAGAUGAAUACUAUUAGACGUCGAUCGAUCCAUGAUGCAAAAAUGGCAUGUGCAACAUUGUUUUUACUAUUAUUAGAACGAAGUAAAUCUUAUGAAUUACCGUCGAUUGUAAACGAAUCUUCAUCAUGUACACGUUCUAUGCAUCGUCGAUAUUUAAAACGAAUAUUUAUUAUUGUUCAAUCGUUAUCAACUUUAUCGAAAAUACAAUUGAAUGAUAUGCAAACAAACUUUGAACGAUAUACUGUCUUACUUGUAAAUCAAUUAUAUCCAACAGAUCAUUUACAAGAGAAAAUAAAUAAUUUUAUUGAUAAAAAUUUAUUUGGAAAUAAUCUCGAUGAUGAUAGUGCAUCAAGUGAUUUUGUAUUUAUUCGACAAUUUCCAAUAUUUAAUGAAGACUCAAUUGACAAAUACAAUGAUCUAAUGAAUAUGUGUCUUGUUAGUACAUUUGAUCAAUUUAAAACAAAUUUUGCACGAAAAUUAAUUUGUUAUAUAUGGACAUUAUGCUGCAUGAUUGAAUCGAAUCGAGUAUCACUUGGAAUGAUUCGUUGUAGUGCAAUUUGCGAGCAUUUUUCACAAGCAUCGAUUGAUUUUGAACAAAAACCAAUUCAAAGCGAAUCAUUAAAUGAACUAGACGUUAUCGUCUUUCUUUUACUAUGCGCUCAACAAAAUGUACAUAUACAUGUUGGGGAUUCGACUUUACAUCCGUAUUUACUUUUUUCAUUGUCUCAUCUAUGCACACAACAACAAAAACGUUGGUGGCAAACAGCUAUGGAAAAAACUCAAUGGAAUGAAUUUAAUGAUCAUCUUGCAACAAUACGUCUCUACGACGAACGAACAUUUCAACAUCCACCAAUGUUUGUCAUACUUGAAACAGCUUUAAUUCUUUUAAAAUCGGCUCAACAUUUGUAUGAACAAUGUGCGAAACGUGUUGCAUCAUCUUAUGAACAAUACGGAUUACGAUACCUGCAAGUAGCUAAAAGAAGUCCACAUAAUCAAAGAUUAUCUGAUUCACUUAAUAGAACAAUUACUCACGGAAACAAGCAAGAUAAAUUAUUCUUCUUCUAUUCCCAAAAGACAACCGGUACGGAGCAAAGCAAAAUAGAAGAAUUAAUUGAAAAAUGCGAAAAACUUGUUCAAAAAUGUGACGAAUUAAAGUUAUUGCCAGAGCAAGAACCACCAAGAACAUCGAGUCCAACUGAAGAACAACAACAAGAUAUUAAUAUCUCAGCUGCAUUGAGUCCGGUUGCUGUCGAAAAAACAGAACGGAAAAAUUUAGAGAUUACAGAUUCAACAUUAUUUGCUACACCACCAACACAUAAGGCAACGCGUGAUGUUGAUGUACAAACAUUCAUACAAUCACCAUCACCGUCUCCACCUCCACCCAUUGUUCCAGUGGUACCGAUUGAAGAAACAAUCGAAACAUCGGAGCCACCAUUGCCAGCAUAUGUCAAUAUGAUAUUUUCUCAUAUGAAUGGUGUUAAUCAAUGGAUAAAUAGAUUUUGUUUAGAUAGUGAAAUAAUUCAAAAUGAUAUUAAUAUAAUACGAGAUCGUCUAGAAAAAAUCAAUCGAGUAACUACUCAGAUGAUGUUUUCUAAUAUGAAAGUAUCACCAUCAGAAACAAGUGAAAAUUCUGGUGGCUUCUAUUCAUCAUCACAUCAUGGAUAA